AUGGGAAAUAACCAGUCCAUUUGCUACCCUCCACCACACCCUGGGGAGUCAUGUAUUAAAUAUGUGUCCAAAGUUAGUCCUACUGGUGGCUUCUAUACCAUACCAUUUGUGGCCAACCUUGCAGGUUGGACCGAGGCUAUGGAAUCCGCCAAUCCAUUCCCUAGAUUAGGAGCUAAUGAUGAAUAUCACAUGAACAUGAUCAAAGGAUUAUGUCUCGGUGAUAAAAAGGCAUGGCCAUGGUAUGGCCCAGACCCGGAUUGGGAUAAAGAAUAUAUGGAGCAGGGUGGAUUAAAUUGGCUUCGGGUAGCCCCACAUUGGUAUCCUACUGACCCUAAUGGUAAAAUUUUAAAGGGAAAGAAAAAGAUAGAAGCUUCAAGUAUAGGCACAGGUACACCUAUUACAUCACUGACAGCAAAUCAGGUUCCCAGUGCACCUCCACCUCCCUAUGCUUCCGCCAUUCCUGCCUCUACUGGCACAUAUCCAUCCCUUAAAGGUCUCAAAGAACCUAUCAACAUCUAUGAUGAUGAUGAUGAAGUAAUAUUUGCCAGUAUGGCCAGAGAAGGCUUACAGACCGAAACAUUACCUGAGGGGUAUGACAGAGGUGAACAGGAAAGAGAAGAACAGGGAAAGAGAAGUAAGGGUGACACUGGUUGCCUUUCUGUAGAAUAUACCACAGCACAGGAAAAACACAAGGGAGCUGACAAGGUUAUAUUACAAGACCCAAAUAAGGCAGCCAAGCAAAUAAUGACUAGGUCAAGAGCUAAAUCAGAUCAGGAAGACAGAGCCCAAUCCUCUCAGUUUGCAGGUAUGUCAGUAAAUGAUCAAGGUACAUUUCCUUUUAUGACCAUUGGCUCCCAACUUAUCAUAAAACCCUUGGCCCCUAAUGUACUUAGAGAUAUUGUCAAGGGUGCCCCAAAUCCCAGAAAGAACCCCUCUGCAUGUCUCUUGUAUUUAAAGAGAAGUUGUCAAGGUCAAAAUAUGACCCAGAUUGAUAUGAAAUUAAUCAUAGAUGGUAUUCUGGGAUAUGACUCAGAAUCCGGGUGGGACUGGUCUCGUAUCCCUUCCAUUAAUAACCCAGAUUUUAAUACAACUACCCCAGCUGAUAGGAAAGAGGAACCUUACGGGUUAGCCACAGCAGAAGGGAUUAAUGAAAUGUGGGAUCAAAUCGGGACAGAAUUAACAAGACUGUAUAGAGAUAGUUCUUCUAUGUCUACUGCCUUGUCAUGUAAACAGACAAAAGGGGAAGAUGUUGUAAUGUAUGUAAGAAGAUUCUUUAAGUGUUGGAAAGAAGAAGCAGGUUUGACAUCAACUACAGAGAUGGAUGAAUUGAAAUUACAGACAUGUAUAGGGAACAUGAUACCCACUACUGGUCUCCUGGUUAAACAGUUGAUUUCUGAAUGGCCAUCCCUUAAUAGUAAGGAUUUUCUUGUAAAAAUCCAAGAAAAAGACAAUGCAGGAUGUUUCACACUCCCACCCCAGUCCACUAAACCAAGUGCCUUUGUAGUUCAAGGGUUAGCACAUGCUCAACCUUUCAACUCUAGACCCCGAGGAUGGGAUGGGACACAUAGGGCUAGACCCAGAGGUGGUUUUCAGAGAGGGGGGCGUCCUCAGAGGGGAAGGUAUCAGCACCAACAACAGUAUCCUGACCGCAAUACUUGCUUUAACUGUGGCCAACAGGGUCAUUGGCGUAGUGCCUGCCCUUUUCCCCCUAAAAUUCUACCCAGUCCGAAUAUGUCCCAGAAUCAAACUAAACAACCUACUACCUCAGCCUCUGCUCCAAUGACAUUUCCUCCUCCUCCUCCUCCUCCUCAGACCCAACCCCAACAUGCCCAUCACAUUCCUUGGCCACAAUAG